GCUUGUGGCACAGGUCAGUCUCACCCGGAGCUCAUCCUCUCACAUGGCCGGGUAAGAGGCGGCUGCCGCCAGCUGACAGCACCACCCGCCGAGCCCCGCUGCUUGCCCAUCACUUCCAGGAGGGGAGGAAGGGAGUCGGGCAGGCGGCACGGACGGGCGGGCCAGCCACACUCUCCUGCCAACGAGAGAGGGCGGCUUUUCCCUCAUGCCAGCUCCCUUCUGCCCAAGCCCGCGGAGGGAGAGCGCUUUGGGCACGACCAAGGCAUGAGCUCCACAUGAAGCAUAGCAAUCCUUGAUUCUGAAAGUGCACAUUAAAGCACCAUCUACUUGAACAGUAAAAGAAGAAUGACAGAACAACCUAUCUGACUAUUACGCUAACAGACCAGAAGAAAGAGCUGAAAAUGGCCCAGUGUAAAAACAUUGCUGUUUAUAGUCUUGAGGAAUGGUGUCUGCAGGAACCUCUGCUUGGCUGUAAGAAACACCAAAACGUUAGGAAAAAACUGAGACUGAUACGAAUAAUGGGACUUUUCCUGGGGAUUAUGGCCAUGAGCACAUUCUCUCUUUCAAUUAGUGCCUUUUUCCAGUUGGAACCUUAUAGCAGAGAGACAACCAGCAAUCUAGAUAGCCAAACGUCUAAGCACAUGCAUCAAAGAACUCUGUUGGACUUUAAGGAACAGAAUCAAAGUGGCACUCCAGAUUCAUCUGUUUCUAUGAAACGUGAAGCUGGAGGUGAAAAUCACACAGAUCACAAGGGAGAGUAUCCAGAAGAUCUUUUUUCACUUGAGGAAAGAAGAAGGGGUGCUGUGAUCCUUCAUAUUCUUGGAAUGGUUUACAUGUUCAUAGCCUUAGCCAUUGUCUGUGAUGAGUUCUUUGUUCCUUCAUUGACAGUCAUCACAGAAAAACUGGCGAUUUCUGAUGAUGUGGCUGGGGCAACAUUCAUGGCUGCUGGUGGCUCAGCCCCAGAACUAUUUACUUCCUUAAUAGGAGUCUUUAUAUCUCACAGCAACGUUGGCAUUGGGACAAUAGUUGGAUCAGCAGUAUUCAAUAUCCUGUUUGUGAUUGGCAUGUGUGCUUUAUUUUCUAAAGAGAUUUUGCACCUUACUUGGUGGCCACUCUUUCGGGAUGUGUCCUUUUACAUCAUGGACUUGAUAUUGCUAAUCAUCUUCUUUUUGGAUAAUUUCAUUAUGUGGUGGGAAAGUUUAACACUGCUGAGUGCGUAUAUAAUCUAUGUGACUUUCAUGAAAUUCAAUGUGCAAGUAGAAGAACUAGUGAGAAACCUAUUAACCAGGAACAAAGUGGAGAAAGUAUCACCAGAACCUGAAGGAAAGUCUAAUGCCGGGGAAGACCAGACGCUGACGACUAAGCCACGUCUCCAGCGGGGUGGGAGUUCUGCAUCUCUGCAUAACAGUCUUAUGAGGAACAGCAUUUUCCAGCUGAUGAUUCACACACUUGACCCACUUGCUGAAGAGCUUGGAUCAUAUGGAAAGCUAAAAUAUUAUGACACAAUGACUGAAGAAGGAAAGUUCAAAGAAAGGGCAUCAAUUCUUCAUAAGAUGGCCAAAAAGUGCCAGGAGGAGGAUGGUGGAAAACGGAAUGGAACUGCUAAUCAUGCUGAAAAAAUUGAAGUUGAAGUGACACCACCAAACGAUGGACCAAUGCAAAAUGGAAAUGUCGUUGGUGCAGACGAGGAAGAGGAGGAGGAUGAACAGCCACUCAGCCUGGCCUGGCCCGACACCCCACGCAAGCAGCUCACCUAUCUUGCUAUUCUUCCCAUUGUUUUUCCAUUAUGGGUUACUCUGCCAGAUGUCAGAAAUCCUGCUUCAAAGAAGUAUUUUCCCAUGACAUUUUUUGGAUCGAUCUCUUGGAUAGCAAUAUUUUCUUACCUAAUGGUCUGGUGGGCACAUCAGGUUGGACAGACCAUUGGCAUCAGUGAAGAGAUCAUGGGCUUGACCAUCUUAGCCGCUGGCACAUCUAUCCCUGACCUAAUUACCAGCGUUAUUGUGGCACGGAAAGGGCUGGGGGACAUGGCAGUGUCCAGUUCCGUGGGAAGUAACAUCUUUGACAUCACAGUGGGCCUUCCUCUUCCAUGGCUCCUCUUUGCUUCAAUUAACAAUCUCAGCCCGGUGGCAGUGAGCAGCAAUGGGCUAUUCUGUGCUAUUGUCCUCCUCUUCAUCAUGCUGCUCUUUGUAAUCCUCUCUAUUGCGGCCUGCAAGUGGAAGAUGAACAAAUUUCUGGGUUUCACCAUGUUUGGGCUUUACUUUGUGUUCCUGAUCGUCAGCGUCCUCCUAGAAGACCGGAUCAUCAUGUGCCCUGUGACCGUCUAACAGGAAGGAGGUGCUGUUUCUUGAACAGCAGCAAAUGCGGAGCAGACAAGGACAGAGGAACACUCUCGCAAUACAAAAUAAGCCACGUCUUUAGAACCUUCUACUUUGAAACAAUGGAGAAAAGAGGGGCUGAAGUCAGAAGUGGACAAGUUCAGCUGAUACAUUCACUGCUGCUGAACAAACAUUUAGGUGUGCAAAAUGAAACUGGCUGCUUUGGAACAUGCUCCUG